GCGACUGCUUGCCACCCCGCCUCUUCCGGCGCGUGCGCGACCAUGGCGCAGGGGCAGCGCAAGUUCCAGGCGCAGAAGCCGGCGAAGAGCAAGGCUGCGGCGGCGGCCUCCGAGCGGAACCGGGGCCCGAGGAAGGGCGGUCGUGUUAUUGCUCCUAAGAAGGCGCGCAUCGUGCAGCAGCGGAAGCUCAAGAAGGACCUGGAGGUCGGGAUCCGGAAGAAGAUCGAGCACGACGUGGUGAUGAAAGCCAGCAGCAGCCUGCCCAAGAAGCUGGCACUGCUGAAGGCGCCCGCCGGGAAGAAGGAGGCGGCCUCCGCCACCAGGACGCCUGCCUGAGGCCUCCAG